CGUCCCCGCGUCAACAGCAACAGCUAGGAUGUUGCGAUAUCGCUGGCAGCCAAAGAUUGCUGUGGUUGCAGAGAUUAGGCUGCUGGGUUGAAACCUCUGCCUAAUGUUUUGGUAGAUGUCAAAUUCUGUGGUUUGUCAUGUGCAGCAACCGUUGCAACAGGAGGCUUUAGUUUCUUGUCGAUUAUGCGUUUGUUUGUGUUGAUGAAAGGCUUCAUCGCGCUAAUGCGUUAGCUUACUAAAAUCACAGUUUUAAUGUAAAUGGAAGCAAUUAAAUAGCUAGGCGGGCAGCUAUGUGCCAUUUAACGGUUGCUUCACUUGACUGAGUAUGGAAAUAUUGUUUCGGCAAACGCUAUCACACAAGUUACACGUCGGAUACGUCGCACUCGAAGACAUUAUCUUCAGAGGAUAACCUGGAUAACCUUACACGAAAUGUCAUAGCGCGUAAGUAGCUAGCACUCAGCUAGCUUGGUAAUGUCUGGCCGAGAUGGAGAAGGACCUAAUGUUAUCAUCAGCAGCAACCGACCAUGAACAGCUGGAUGGAUAGCUAAAUAAAUACUUUCUCCGGAGAUGCUUUAGCCUCCUGGGUGGUGUAAUUCACUUACAUAACAGCUAGUCGCAGCCACUCUAUCACCAACUGGCUUGUGUUGGCAAGCAAAUGGGAAAUUUGCCACCAAAAAUCUGGGUUGUCUCAACAUCAUAAGUGACAAAGGCAGCACUGCAUGUUUUGAGGCUACAAAUAGACUUGCUUGAAGCGUCGGAUUCGUUCGGUUUACAAUCUGACCUGCAUUAUCUAUCAGUGCAAUCAUUCAGUGCACAGGAAACCAGCACUUCAUCUGUGUUUCUGUGAUUCAAGCCGCAAAUACUCCUGUCAUUUCGACAACAUGAGGAAGUUCUUUGAUUCUCGUCGGGAGUUGGUGAGUUCUGGGCCUGGAUCUGGAGGAGGAGGUAGCAGCUCUGGGUCCAGUCAUGCAGGCGGUAAUUUCAUUGGCAGAGCUUUCACUGUCGGGCGGCACCAGGUCACUGUUGAGGAGAUAAUUGCUGAAGGUGGCUUUGCAAUUGUGUUCCUCGUGCGAACAAAUCAAGGGGUGCGUUGCGCCCUGAAGAGGAUGUACGUUAACAAUGAGCAUGAUCUGCAGGUGUGCAAAUGCGAGAUUCAAAUAAUGAAGGACCUUGUCGGUCACAAGAAUAUUGUUGGUUAUCUGGACUCCAGUAUUACGGCUAUGGGAUCAAGGGAUGUAUGGGAGGUUCUCAUACUAAUGGACUACUGCAAGGGGGGGCAGGUGGUCAAUUUGAUGAAUCAGAGGCUGCAGACUGGCUUCACUGAGGCUGAGGUGCUGCAGAUCUUCUGUGACACAUGUGAUGCUGUUUCUCGCCUGCACCAGCGAAAGACACCCAUCAUCCACAGAGACCUUAAGGUGGAGAACAUCCUCCUUCAUGACAAGGGUCAUUAUGUGCUGUGUGACUUUGGCAGCGCCACUGACAAGUUCCAGAGUCCACAGACUGAAGGAGUGGCCACUGUGGAGGAAGAGAUCAAAAAGUACACCACUUUAUCAUAUCGUGCCCCUGAGAUGGUGAACCUCUACAAUAACAAGAUUAUCACCACAAAAGCAGAUAUUUGGGCGCUGGGCUGUUUGCUGUACAAAGUGUGCUUCUUCACUCUGCCCUUUGGUGAAAGCCAGGUGGCCAUCUGUGAUGGCAGUUUCACCAUUCCAGACAACUCCCGCUACUCUUAUGAUCUUCACUGCCUCAUUCGGUACAUGCUGGAGCCAGACCCAGACAAAAGACCAGAUAUUUACCAGGUGUCCCAUUUUGCUUUUAAACUAGCUCAGCGGACCUGCCCUGUCCAGAAUGUGAAGAAUUCUCCAAUUCCUUCUAAACUUCCUGAGCCAAUCAAAGCGAGUGAGGCUGCAGCAGCAAAGAAGAGCCAGGCUAAAUCCAGACUGACGGAUCCAAUUCCCACCACUGAAACCUCUAUUACCCCUCGCCAGAGGCCCAAAGCAGCACAUACCCAGCCUGCGGCUGGCAUCCUACCCAUCCAGCCUGCUGCUCUCACCCCUCGCAAGCGGCCUAAUCUCCCUGGUGGUGCAGCACAGCCUGUUGGAGUCAGCUUAAACCUCUCUCAGCCCGCUGCAGCUUUGCAGUCCCAGAAGGCGCAGACUUCAGUUCUGCCACUCAUCCAGUCACAAAACAAUUCAAGCCAGGCUGUGGCUCCACAGAAGCAGCCGGUGCAGCCAGCCGCAGCUACAGGAGCAGAAGCUACAACAGCAGCAGCAGUCGUGUCAGCAGUGACCAAGGCUGAUGUCCAACCCCAAGCACAGCCAAUAGUUCAUCAACAGACCACACCUCCCUCUGUGGCCAGCGGCACCUCCCAGCAGGCAGCUCAGACUCCAUCGAGCCCGGCCCCACCUCAACGCCCAGCUCGACGCAAGCAGGCUCAGCAGCCAGCGGCUCAGCAGCCUGCAGCUCAUCCUUCACCAAGCAAACCGGUCUCUGGUCAGCCGCCUGUAUCACAGCAGCAGCAGAUAACUCAGCCAUCAGCUGCUCAGGCUCAGCCCGCCUCCACUGAGAUCAGCCAAAACGCAGCAGUUACGACUACACCUGCUUCUCCAAAGACAACUGAAGAACGAGGCCACCAACGCACGCCAAGUGACGCCACAGCGAGCAGCGUUGCUGGAGUUCCAGUGAGUGACUCCUUACAGCAGCCACAAGGAGCUAAUGGAGACGCUGCCCUCAAACAAUCACUUUCAUCUCAACCAAGCACUGCCCAGCUUAUUCAGCUUGGCGUUGGUGAUGCAGGCCAGGACCAAAACAAAGCUGGACCCACUGUUGAUGCCACCAACACCCCCACACAGCCAGCAUGGAACCCAUUUGACGAUGACAACUUUUCCAACCUCACUGCAGAUGAAUUCAAAACUGAGGACAAAAAGCCUACUGAACUGCCCUCAGAAAUGAAGUCAUCAUCUUCUGUGGAGUUGAUACCAGGCCUGCAGGCCUCAACUAUGGAUUAUACAUCCCAAGAUACUGUUGAAAGAUCAUCAACCAUUCUUGAUGUGGAUUCAGGAGCCUCGCUGCUGGUUGUCCCAGAUUCUUUUGGUAUCCUUGAACUGUCAGAUACACCAGAGAAGCUGAUUGAAGGACUGAAAUCUCCAGACACAUCUUCACUCAUGCUACCCGACCUCUUGUCAUUGUCUGAUCCCUUCGGUGGAUCAGUGAGAGAGUCUGCAAAAGACGCUCUCACCUCAGACGACUCUCUCCUGGGCUGCUCUCUGAUCUCUGGUCUGUCCGCCCCUCCGCCUGCGAGCAGCGCCACCUCCUCCGUCUCUUCUGCUCCCACCUCCGCUGCUUCUGCUAUGGAUGAUUUCAGUCUGUUGUCUGGUGACUCUGCACAGCCUAUAGCAGACUCGUCUCUCCUGAUCUCAGACUUUGAGCCCCAGCAGGUCACUACAGAGGCAGGCACCGAGGAUGAGUUUGAUCCGAUUCCCGUCACAGGCCGGAAGAACUCCCAAGACCUGCAGAAGGAGCUCAACAGUGAUGUACUGCGAGCUGAAGAGGAUCAAAGGGCCCGGAUCCAGCGGAAGACUGCUGCAUGUGUCCAUAAUAAACACACAUUGCCGUCAGAUGAGAGGAGUGUACAGCGCCAUACUAUACCAGCUACUUCCACCAGCCUGCCUUUCAUACCUGUCAACCAAGUAUCCCAGUUCCAGUCCCCAAACAGCCCAGUGACCUCUGACGUCUUCCAGCUGACCCCUUUUAAAACGCCAGGGAAAGAAAGCAAGAUGGCAUUCAGCAGCUCCUCCUUUUCUGCGUCUCAUACACCUGCUGAGAUGUCUGAUGUUUUCCUGCAGGCACCGUUUGGAAAGAGGCAGGAAACCACCCAAGCUGUUCCUACUAACACUUGCAUAUUUAAGUGUGGUACACAGCAGAUUCAAACCAGCAAACAGUGUCACCUGGUGCCAGUAUCAUCUCCUCUCGUUCCUCCGGUUCUUGGUAUUCGGGCCCUUCCUCUGCACAUGGAGGCGCCUCUGCUCCAGCAGCCAGUGACGGUGCACAGGGUUGUCUCCAGGAUCGGUCAGCAGGCCGCCGUGGGUUCGGUAGCUGUGGGGCCUCUGCAUUCCUGGACCAUCGGGGGAAGACCUCUGGAUGACCCGUUCACUGCUGCGCCUUUCCAGCCGAGAUGCUCUCAGGGGAAACCUUGAUCAUAUAAUUCGUCUCUUAAAAUAUGCCAAGUCAGUGUUUUUUUUCUGUAACUUAAGAAGGAGCCAAACUAGAGUUCAGUUGCAGUAUUACCCCCAUUUCUAAUGUAGGUUUACCCUUGUCAUCAUUACUCCAGCAUUAAAAUGAGUAAAUUAUCCUUUUUACCAAUUAUGUACUUGUUUAAACUUAAUGUUCUACCUCAGUAAUGGUAUUUGCUUUCAGUCUGAGCACAGCAGUGCAUCAUUUCAGCACUUUAUGUGAACUUGGACUAAGACGUUUUUAAGAUGAACUUGAAGGAUUUGUCCUGGACUCAAUUUAGGAUAUCAAAAAGGGUUUUGUUAGAGACCCAAUCUCAGUUUUUAACUAUAUAAAUUUAAUUUGUUUCAUUUGAGUAAUGAAUGAAAAGCAUAUAUUGUGUUUCCUGAUGGUCAUAAAAAUAUAGGUAUGUUUUACUCAGACCUUUACAAACAUUACUGGUUUACUAUUCUGAUGCUGUUAUAUUUAACAGCAUCAGAAAACAAUAUCUUAGAGAUAAAGUAGCUGUUUUCAGUUUUAGUCUUUGUAUUAAAAACAUGUCAAUCAAUUUGACACUGAUUGUAGGUUUUUUCUAGUUUACCCUUUUCUUUACAUUUACAAUACGGAUUGUGCCUUUUUAAUACCAGUUGUAUUAUUUUUUUCAAAAUGGUUGCUGGCCUGCAAGAAGUGCUGCAAAAGAUACCAAACUUUCUGCUGCAAGCCAAAGAAACCAUUGGAAAUUAAAUGUAAUGGUGUGAAAGAUGUUUCACACAGUUGAAGGAUAAAAAAUGUUCAUGCAAGUAUUAAUUUCAUAUUAACAGAGUGAAAACUCUGUAAACUUUGUGUAAAGAUUUUAAGGAAAGAUAGGUGAGUUACGCAAAAUCCCAAAUGGCUGGUCACUAGAAAGCUGUACUGGAACCAGUAUGAUGCUUUACUGCUUAAUAAUUGUUCACAGGCUGCACCAUUGCUAAUGGACCUUUUAUAGUUCUGUUGAAAAGAUUUUGAACCUGCUGGUGUUGUUUGUCUCUGGUCUUGGUAUUUGAAAUUAAACAUAUUUCUGUGGUUCAAAUUCACUGAUGUCUUAGAGCAAAAAGUGACCGGUCAUUAAGAGAUUCUCAAGAAACAUCAUCUCUACCAAGUCAACUUUUUUAGUAAGUGAUGUCAUUUCAAAUAACGCUUCUAAUUUUGCUUUAUACUUUGUCACUGUCACAAUUGUUUUUAAAACCGUGCUACCUUGCCAUGCUAACAGUAUUUGUAGGCUAUGUUUCUAUAUUAGUAGGCUAGUAAUAUUGGACAUUAGGAAAAGUUGUCUUUUAAACUGUAUUUUAUUAAAGUUUUGUAAACAUAA